AUGGAAGAGGAGUACGCGGCCCUCCUCGCCAACCAGACUUGGGAUCUUGGCUUUACUCAGCGGCCCGGUGUCGACUAUGACGAGACCUUCAGCCCGGUGGUGAAGCCGACCACCGUCCGCACGGUGCUCUCGCUGGCUCUCACGCACGGCUGGCCCGUGCAUCAGCUGGACGUCAAGAAUGCCUUCCUCCAUGGCGUUCUCACUGAGAUAGUCUACUGUAGUCAGCCGACGGGGUUUGCUGACUCUUCUCGUCCCGACAUGAGGCAAUACACUCUUGAUAUCUUGGAGAGAGCUCGGAUGACUGACUGCAAGCCCUGCUCCACUCCAGUUGACACACAGGGCAAGCUCUCGGAGACUGAGGGUACACCAGUGACAGAUCCCACUACAUAUCGGAGUCUUGUCGGGGCACUUCAGUACCUCACCUUCACCCAGUCGAAUAUCACUUAUGCAGUUCAGCAGAUCUGUCUCCAUAUGCAUGAUCCCCGGGAGCCACACCUCACCGCUCUCAAGCGGAUCCUACGCUACCUCCGCGGCACCGUCGACUUCAGUCUCCAACUUCACUGA